CGAGGGAUGAAGUGAAAGUGAGUUGAGGGAAGCGAGGGGAAGACGCUGGUGGACUAAAUUUGCCCGGAACAUAAAAACAAGAAGAUGGAGUGUAUUUCUUUCUCGGGAGGAAAGAUAAGGACCUGCUGAAGCACUUCUGGACACAAUGGACCGCCUGGACAAUCCUGAAUAGAGUGGACUACCAUUGAAAAGUGAGGGAAAAGAACAGAAACAAUCUUUUCAUAUCUCAACUGUAAAUUCCUAAGCGAGUAAAAUCCCCUUGAAUGGUUCAACACUCCUAUGACCCACUGAGUAUCCUGGAUUGCUUUUGACUUCCAAGAAGGACCCUUGAGCCCGACACCGGUCUCUGGACUGUCUGCCCGACUGUCUCCUUUUGGUGUCGGAGUUCUGAAUUAGGCCCGUAGACGCCGGGUGAAGAUGACUUGACUUGGCAGGCCCCCCGUUACCCACAGACAGAGCGAGAGAGGCUGGCUGUAAGAACAGACAACCACAAAUGUUGUGGCCCUGAGUCAUGCUGGUGUUGCCACUACUGGAGCCCUGUGGUAAAGACUAUCAGUAUCGCUAUCAUCACUCGUUCAUGCCGAGGAACGUUCCACAGCCCCAAGGGACGACACUUCAUAUCUGAACGGCUUGUGGAAAGCGACGCACUGAGAGCCACCGCGACAUCGCUCACAUAACACCGACUAACGCCGCGCUCAACCCAGUGGAAGGCGCAGACCGAGAAGGAGCCGGGACACCAACAUGGCGACUGAGAGCAUUGCCGAGCUCCGCGAUUGGCUCUUCCUGUUAAUCCUGUGCCUCACCUUAUUGGCCGAGGUGCUGGAACUGGCAGCAGCUGCAAUCGCUCUGGAAACGGGCGAGGGGGAUGAAGGGAUAGUUUGCCCCUCAGUCUGCCGCUGCGAUGAAGGUUUUGUCUACUGUAACGACCGUGGACUCAGUUUGAUUCCACCUUUACCAUUGACGGCUGCCAUCCUCUACCUGCAGAGCAAUCGGCUGACUAACGCCGGCCUGCCUCAGUCACUGGAGCGCAGUACUUCUAUACGAGUCAUUUAUCUGUACGCCAAUCAAUUGGAUGAAUUUCCCUUACACCUCCCACCUUCAUUACGGGAGCUCCAUUUGCAGGAUAAUAAUAUACGAACUUUACCACGAUCAUCUCUGGCCAAGUUACCGCUGCUGGAGCGUUUACACUUGGAUGAUAAUUCAAUAUCAACUGUGAGUAUCCAGGAGCGUGCCUUUUCUGGGACUCCACGGCUCCGACUGCUCUUUCUGUCUCGGAACCACCUGUCAAGCAUCCCCGCAGGCUUGCCGGCAUCCUUGGAGGAGCUGCGAUUAGACGACAACAGAAUCAACACCAUCCCCACGCAUGCCUUCCGAGGGCUGUCCUCCUUGCGACGCCUAGUCCUGGAUGGGAAUCUGCUAGCUAACACUCGCAUUGCAGAUGACACCUUUUCCCGCCUCGCUAAUCUGACAGAGCUAUCGCUAGUCCGAAAUGCCUUGCAGUCUCCACCAAUCAAUCUACCAUCAGCUCAUCUUAUUCGGCUCCAUUUACAGGAUAACGGGAUGACUCACAUACCAAGAGGAUCACUGGACGGGAUGCGCCGGCUGCAGAAGCUAGACCUAUCGGGAAACAAUCUGACCAGUCUUCCUCGAGGGCUUCUUAAGGACACUGACAGUUUGGAGUUGUUGCUGCUGCGAGGAAACCCCUGGUACUGUGGUUGCAACCUUCGCUGGCUCCACGCAUGGCUGCACAGCUGGGGGGUUGCUGUAACAGUUAGGGGUUUGACUUGUCUGGGGCCUGAAGCGGUGAAAGGCCAGUCCCUUAAAGACCUUACCUAUCUGAUAGAACAGUGUGAAGGACCACCAGCUGGUCCAGCUACUGGAGUCGGGGUGAAUCCAUCAGAAAAGGAUGGAGGAGGGGAAGAUAGUGUUGGAGGGGAGGGGCAAGCUGUGGUUCCAGUUCCCCACGGCAGCACUACUACUAAUUCUUUGCUGGUCCCUACCCAAGGUUCCCUUUUCACGCUGCGAGCCAAGCGACCAGGCCUGGUUAUGCCUCUGCCUGCCGCGGGAGAAGGUCAAGUAUCUGGAGAGGCCCUUGAGCUGACUGUAAAAGCUCUUUCUUCAGACAGUGUGCUGGUCAGCUGGUUGUGUCCACAGCCAGCACCCUCAUUCCGUCUAUCCUGGCUGAGGUUGGGAUCCAGCGCAGCACUCGGGUCCAUCACAGAAACUCUAGUUCCCGGAGAGAGGAGGCAGUACCACCUUACCCAGCUUACACCACGCUCACAUUAUCUCAUAUGCUUGCUGCCAUUACGACAGGAGACUUUUCUGGGCUCCAGCAUGGGGACAUCUCGGGUAGGCAGCAUUGAAUCGAACAAUAAAGUUUCUGCCCCAGCCUGUUCUCAAAUAGAGACUGGAGAGGCGCUGGUCAACUCCAGAGGAGAGGGGUCAGAUAAGGACACACAGGACUCAGAGCUGUCAGCCCUGCCCCUGGCAGGCAUCAUUGGGGGCGCUACAGCAUUGGUAAGUCUUCUGCUAAUCUUUGGUAUUUUCUGCUGGUAUGGACAAAGAACAAGUUACAAGUCGGGAGACUCAACUUCAUACAACAGAGGGCGAGGAGGAAAGCAUUACGAUGACUAUGUAGAAUCGGGCACCAAAAAAGAUAAUUCCAUUUUGGAAAUCCGAGCCCCUCCUACAGGGUUCCAGAUGACAGCCAUGGCCCAUCAGCCUCUGCAGCCCAAACUGGAGGAUGUCACCUACAUCCACACCAUUUUCCCUUCUUCGUCCUCUUCCUCCCAUGCUAACGGGACGUACCGCAGCAACCACAGAGCCGGCAGCCUCAACGGCACCAUCAUCAGCCAAACCAGCCACCACAACGUCACCUACGGCACCAACCGUGGCUACAGAGAGGGCGGCAUCCCUGACAUAGAUUACGCCUACACGUGAUGACACGGAGUCGUACUCCCCGAGCCAUGAAUGCCUGGCGCCAUCUCUAUGGUGACGACUCCUGUGACCCGCGGCCAUUUUGUCCUUGGUUUCCAAAGUACCCUUUGUGCCUCAGCUGGUUCAAGUCUGAUAUGUUUGCUAAGUAGAAGAAACUGUUUUGAUUGGACAAUGCUCUCCUGUACUCUACGACUGUAAGACACGUUGCAGUAGACUCUUCUUUCAGUGCUACUUAUCAAUGGUUACAUUUUUCUCUUUUGCCUAUCUGUGUGUCUUUCAAAAACUGCUGUUCUUAAUCCACAGUAACUUAUUUGAGGUUGAUAUCCUAGGCUUAGCUGAUGUAGAGGGCGAUAUAUUUAUAAUACCAAGGGAAAGCAAUUCAUGUGUAUAGAGAUAGCUCUACGCUCUUUGCCGUGUAGAUGAAGGGAUGACAGAAGCAGAAAUUGACGGUUGUUAUAAUCCACAGAUGACAUCCAAUCGUGGUUGACAUGAAGAUACGUGUUCCGAUCCCCCGCGCUCCCCCUUUUACUCCGGAUUACUUCACCCAAUUCCAUUGUUCCUCCUUCCUGCCUCUUUGUUUUUAGCCCAGGCUCUUUCCUUUCAUUUCUCUCGUGUCUUUUUGUGGCGUCGUGAGUAGAGGACGACUUUGUUCUCGCCAAAAGGAGCUGACAGCAGUGAUAACAGCUCUGACAAAGACAUGAGACACCAACCGCCACAUGGGGAGACUAAUGAGUGGGAGAGAGAGAGCCGGAGUGAUGGAUAGAUAGAUGUUCGGAUGGAGAGAGCAAACAUGAAAAAAGAGAGACGCUGAAGGCUGCCGUUUUGGGAAUGAGAGUGAAAGAACCGUGUUGGUUUAAAUGCGGAGUCGGAGGAUUAUGGGAAAGAAACAUUAGAAAGGGUCUGGAACAACUUGGGGUGUAACGGUACGUACCUCUGUUUUAAGGACACGGUUCCGUUCUUUUUACGCAAAAUACAAACUCCGUUUCCAUGUGAGUUGGGAAAUUGUGUUAGAUGUAAAUAUAAACAGAAUACAAUGAUUUGCAAAUCAUUUUCAACCCAUAUUCAGUUGAAUAUGCUACGAAGACAACAUAUUUGAUGUUCAAACUGAUAAACUUUUUUUUUUUUUUUGCAAAUAAUCAUUAACUUUAGAAUUUGAUGCCAGCAAAACGUGACAAAGAAGUUGGGAGAGGUGGCAAACACUUAUUUGGAACAUCCCACAGGUGAACAGGCAAAUUGGGAACAGGUGGGUGCCAUGAUUGGGUAUAAAAGUAGAUUCCAUGAAAUGCUCAGUCAUUCACAAACAAGGAUGGGGCGAGGGUCACCACUUUGUCAACAAAUGAGUGAGCAAAUUGUUGAACAGUUUAAGAAAAACCUUUCUCAACCAGCUAUUGCAAAUAAUUUAGGGAUUUCACCAUCCACGCUCCGUAAUAUCAUCAAAGGGUUCAGAGAAUCUGGAGAAAUCACUGCACGUAAGCAGCUAAGCCCGUGACCUUCGAUCCCUCAGGCUGUACUGCAUCAACAAGCGACAUCAGUGUGUAAAGGAUAUCACUACAUGGGCUCAGGAACACUUCAGAAACCCACUGUCAGUAACUACAGUUGGUCGCUACAUCUGUAAGUGCAAGUUAAAACUCUCCUAUGCAAGGCGAAAACCGUUUAUCAACAACACCCAGAAACGCCGUCGGCUUUGCUGGGCCUGAGCUCAUCUAAGAUGGACUGAUACAAAGUGGAAAAGUGUUCUGUGGUCUGACGAGUCCACAUUUCAAAUAGUUUUUGGAAACUGUGGACGUCGUGUCCUACGGACCAAAGAGGAAAGGAACCAUCCGGACUGUUAUAGGCGCAAAGUUGAAAAGCCAUCAUCUGUGAUGGUAUGGGGGUGUAUUAGUGCCCAAGACAUGGGUAACUUACACAUCUGUGAAGGCACCAUUCAUGCUGAAAGGUACAUGCAGGUUUUGGAGCAACAUAUGUUGCCAUCCAAGCAACGUUACCAUGGACGCCCCUGCUUAUUUCAGCAAGACAAUGCCAAGCCACGUGUUACAUCAACGUGGCUUCAUAGUAAAAGAGUGCGGGUACUAGACUGGCCUGCCUGUAGUCCAGACCUGUCUCCCAUUGAAAAUGUGUGGCGCAUUAUGAAGCCUGAAAUACCACAACGGAGACCC